AUGUCUUCCAGUGUCCAACUUCCUUCCCAACAAAAGGCAGCCUUAACAGAAAAGAUUGGUGAUUCCGUUGAAGUUAUUCAAUAUACCGACAUAGAUACUCCUCAAAUCACGUCACCAACUGAUGUGAUUAUCAAGAAUAAGUAUGCUGGUGUGAAUUACAUCGAAUCAUAUUUCAGAAAGGGAAUCUACCCAAUUGCUUCCUUUCCUUAUAUUUUCGGAAGAGAAGCAAGUGGUAUUAUCGCCGCUGUUGGAGAUGAAGUUACCAAGUAUAAGGUAGGGGAUAAAGUUGCUUAUGUUAAUCCAUCUACUUUUGCUCAAUAUAGCAAAAUUGAUGAAUCGAAGGUUCAAGUUCUUAAAUUACCCGAAUCCAUUGGUGACGAUCAAUUAAAGCUUUAUGGGUCGUUUUUCAUUCAAGGUUUAACUGCGUUGACUUUCGUUCACGAAGCUUAUGAAGUUAAAAAGAGCGAUUAUAUCUUGGUAUGGGCUGCAGCUGGUGGUGUUGGUCAGAUUCUUGUUCAAUUAGGACGUUUGAUUGGUGCUAAUGUUAUCGCAGUUGCUUCCACCAAUGAGAAGUUGGACAUAGCAAAAGGAUUAGGUGCUAAAUAUUUGAUUAACUCUUCAAAAGAUGAUGUUUUAGCCAAAGUGAAAGAAAUUACCAAUGACAACGGUGUUGCUGCCUCUUUCGAUAGUGUUGGUAAGGAUACUUUUGAGACUUCUUUAGCAGCUUUGGCAAGAAAGGGAACGCUUGUAAGUUUUGGUAAUAGCUCGGGUACAGUGGACCCACUCUCCAUCAACAGAUUAUCUGCAAAGAAUAUCAAAUUGGCAAGGCCAACAGUUAUGAAUUAUGUGGUCACCCAAGACGAAUGGGACUUCUACACUGAAAAGUUCCUUAAGUAUAUCAAAGAUGGUGAUAUCAAAGUAGAAAUCACCAAAACGUAUCCUUUGUCUCAAUACAAGCAAGCUGCUACUGAUUUAGAAAGCAGAAAGACUACUGGUAAAUUGGCAUUAGAAAUUCCACAAUGA